AGGACAAAAAAGGUGCAACAUUAUGGUAAAUAAAUGUAAUACUAACUGUGUCUUUAUCUAUGAACAGCUUCUUGCUUUGUUGAAUAUAUUGAACUACUAAGACAACCUUAAGGGUUGUUAGUGAGGGAGUACUACAGAGGCUGCCACUCCCCUGAAACCAAAACUAAACAGCCCGAAAACACAACAGUAGUUUACAGGAACUACAAGAAAACCAAAACUAAGAAUUAUUGGCAGAGCGCAGGCAUGUAAAACAACAAACAGUCGACAGCUGAAUUUCCAACACUUAGCAGACAGGGUUCAGGGGCUGGUCAGGGCAAUUAAAACCCAGUAAAGAUUCUGAGGCUAAAAGCUGGAAUCAGGAUCCAGGACAGGCAGAGCAGAACAAACAGCAAGCAGAGCUGAGCAGACCGGAGUUGGCAGUGGCAGGUGGAGGAAUCCAAGGUCCAGCUUUAUCCACGAGGAUUGACCAUGACAUCAGUUCUGGGCAUAGCCCUGCUGGUCUUGACACUUUCAAGCCCCACUGUUGCCUUUGUCCCCAUUGGCGGUGAUUCAGCCUCUCAUGUCAGCAUUACAAGAAACGCUGUAUUGCAAAAAGUGACAGAGACGUGUCAGGCGGUGGCUGAGGCAGCCGGUCAUGAGUUCAAACCCACGGGUUCCUCUCCUGAAGAGCUGGUCCAGGCCUGUCUCGGUCCCACAGCAACAGGAGAGGUGUCUGGUGCCAAGUUUUCCUCUGCUCUUCAGGAGAUCUACACACAAAAUGCACUGCUAGACCGCAAUUUCAUCUACAGUGCUCCACAUCACUUCAACUCUGAGGCCAUUUUGGAGGGACGCAGCCUAAUCACGGGGGGUAUGGCGGCCAUCAAAGCCAACAUUCGCAAUGAGAACUUCCAGGCAGCCAGGGAGACUCUGGGUAGAGUCCUUCAUACACUACAGGAUUUCUACAGCCACACUAACUGGGUGGAUCUGGGCUACACAGAGCCAUAUGUCAACCUUAUACGCCCAGAUCUUCCUCUGGAAAACCUGGCAGAUAAGGACACUGAAACCUGCAGUGACUCUCCCAAUCAAAAUUUCCCACAUCUCAUCCUCCCGGACAUCCUGCAGGAAAAGAAACUCACAUCAGGCUACUUUGGAAUCUUCCCUUCUGCCAAACCUGAAGGUAAAUGUAGUCACGGAGGUGCUUCAGACCUCACAAGCUCAAGUGGAGAAGGCAUCAACAAAGACGAGCGCACUUCGGGCAAAGAGGCCCUCCACGAUGCUGCUGUGAAUGCAGCCACAGCUGCCAGCUUGGAGCUGCUGCAGGACAUCCGCUUAGCUGCAGGGGACAAUGACUUUCUGAGAAUGAUGGGAAUUGCUCGCUCCUCUGUCUUGUGCUUUGUUAUUGACACCACCGGCAGCAUGAGCGACGACAUCGCUCAAGCCAGGGCGACUGUUUAUGAAAUCAUUGACAGCAAAAAAGGAACACAGGAUGAGCCCUCUGAAUACAUCCUGGUGCCUUUCAAUGACCCCAGUUUUGGACCAAUGAUCAGGACAACAGACCCUGAUGAGAUGAAAAGUGAAAUCUCUAAGCUCACAGCAUCUGGUGGUGGUGAUACACCUGAGCUGUGUCUGUCAGGACUUCAGCUGGCUCUCACUGGUGCCCCUUCCUCGUCCCAAAUCUAUGUUUUCACUGAUGCUCCACCCAAAGACAUCGAACUCAUAGGCACUAUCUUUGCUCUCAUGGGAAGCACCAAAUCAACGGUGACAUUCUUUGUCACUGGAGCUGGCAGGAGGCGUCGCCGUUCUCUUAAAACUGGUUCCUUUAGUGACUACAUAGAAUUAGCUCUGGCCUCUGGUGGCCAGGCCAUCCAGGUAUCCAAGAGAGAGCUGUCUCUUGCCACAGAUAUUAUCCUUGACACCUCGACUUCAGCUCUGGUGACAGUUCUUCAGCAAGCAAGGAAUCCUGGGAAGCAAGAGACCUUCCCCUUCAAUCUGGAUAAAACUUUGAGAAACGCCACCAUCUACAUCACAGGAACAUCCAUUACUUUCACGUUGACCAACCCUAGUGGUUUGACCCAGGACCAGAGUGAGACAAGCGGUCGACUCGCAACCAUCCAGACAGUGGGAAACAUGUGGAGAAUUCAAAUCAACUCUACCAGGGAGACUGGAGCCUGGAAGAUCCAAAUCAACUCCUACCAACCAUACACACUCAAAAUCACAGGCCAGAGUACAAUUACCUUCAUCUAUAACUUUGUGGAAAGCUUUGCGGGACCUCACCCAGGCUAUGCAGUACUCAGUGGGCGUCCACAAGCAGGUCAGCCAGCCUCCCUGCUGCUCUCAGUAUUGGGUAAGAAAGGUCCGUCCUCGAUGAAUAUCAGCGAGGUUGGCCUCGUAAUAGUGUCUGGUGGUGAGGCUGUUACCAAUGGCACAAUGACUGACCUGGGCAAUGGAGACGUCCUGGUGACUGUUUACACAGUACCUGAGGGGGAGUUUGUGGUGAUUCUGAAAGGAACUGACAGAGUGUCUAACACUGAAUUUCAGAGGCAGUCAACCACCCAGAUAUCUGUCUCCAAAGUGAAUAUCCAGGUGAUGGUAGACAGCAGCCUGGAGCCAGGAAAACCCUUUCAGCUCAACUUUAGUUUGAAGACUGAGGGAGCAGGUGGUUCAUACUCCAUCAGUGCCAGAAAUGAUAGAGACUUCUCCAUGUCUUACCCUGAGAGCCUCACUUUGACAACUGGAGUAUAUGCUAAUGCUACACUGACUAUUACGCCACCUGCCGACACACCGUCGGGCACUGAUGCCACUCUGACUAUUCAAGCCACAUCGUCCAGCGGUGCUGACUCAAAUUAUGUUGUCCUGAGACUGUCUGUUGUCACCAAGAUUACAGAUUUUACGCCGCCAUUGUGUGAAAUGGUUAGUCUUCUGAUGGAUGACUGCCUUAACAAUACAUCUCAGUGUGAACCUUUCCACUGGCAGCUCUCAGCUAACCUCACAGACGGAAACGGGACCGGGAUUGAGAGCAUUACCCUACGUACGGGUAAAGGAAACUUAACACACACCCCACUGAGUGCUCCAAUCAUCCUGGCAAACUACAACUCCUCCUGCUGCUUGCAGGUUGUCGAGUUCGUAGCUGUUGAUAAAGUUGGCAACGUGGGCAGGUGCUAUUAUGCAUAUGACCAUUCAGGUGGCCCUCCUGCUCUGACGCUGUCGCUGCCACUGUGGCUGUGCCUGCUGGUAUCAGUCUUCAUAGUGGGACCUUAAAGGGCUCAGGCUGGAUUGUGCUGUUUCCUAUCUCAGUGCUGAAACUAGAUAAAACAGUCAGUUUCUAUGGUGAUGGUUAUAUUUUGCUAAACAGAUAAUCAAUAUAAUAAUCAAUAUAUCACAUUAAGACACAUCUAUCAUGGGGAAAAAUGCAUAUGCACUGUCUUUAGGAAUUAAAUUUUUAUGAAAUAAAAUAUGUUGCUGAAAGGCUCCUUUCUCUAACUAAAUAUCAGCACAGUACAGGAUUUGGUGGCGUUUGUUAACAUUUUGCAAUCAAAUCCAAUGAUAAGUUAAUCCAAAAAGAAUGUGGUGGCUUUUAUUCAUCGUUAUUCUUAUAAACAAGACGGGGGG